CCUGAGCAGAAGUGUUAGGAAUCAGACCUGGAAGAAAGAGGAUCACAGCAACAAUGGCCUCAUCAGUCCUGGUGAUGAUCAAGGAGGAGGUGACCUGUCCUAUCUGCCUGGACCUGAUGGUGGAACCUGUGAGUGCAGAUUGUGGUCACAGCUUUUGCCAAGCCUGCAUCACACUGAACUAUGAAUCCAUCAAAGGCAAAGAAGGGGAGUGCAUCUGCCCUGUGUGUGGAGUUACUUACCUAUUUUGGAAUCUGAGGCCUAAUCGACACCUGGCCAACAUAGUAGAGAGCCUAACAGGGAUCAAGUCAAGCCCAGAGGAGGAGGAGAAGGUCAAUGUCUGCACAAAACAUGGAGAGAAACUCAAGCUCUUCUGUGAGGAGGAUAUGGUGGCCAUAUGCUGGCUUUGUGAGAGGUCUCAGGAUCACCGUGGUCACCAAACAGCUCUCAUUGAAGAGGUGGCCUAUGAGUAUAAGCAGAAGCUCCAGGCUGCUAUGGAGAUGCAGAUGACAAAUGAGCAAAGAUGUGAUGAAUGGGAAGAUGAUAUUUACAAGGAGAUAACUUUCUGGGAGAACCAAAUACACAGUGACGCAAAAUAUAUUCAGAUGAAAUUUAAAGGGCUGCGGGAUUUCCUGGACUUCAAGGAGAAGAGUGAGCAGCAGAAGCUGAUGCAAGAGAAGGAAGACAUUAUGAACAGCCUGGUAGAGUCUCAAUAUGAGCUGAUGAAGCACAGGGAGGCAGUGAGAGACCUAAUCUUAGAUGCUGAGCAUCAUCUGAAGUGCUCAACCAUGGAAAUGCUGCAGGGUGUGAAUUCUGUCCUAACAAGGAGUCAGACCUUAAGACUGCAACAGCCCAAAAUGGUCCCAAGAAAAAAGAGAAGGAUCUUCCAAGCUUCAGAUCUGAAAGGCAUGUUGGAAGUGUUUUACGAGCUCAUGGAUGCCCAGCGCUACUGGGUUCAUGUGACACUGCCUCAAGUCUACAAUAAAAAUGUUAUCAUUAACGUGGACAAAAAACAAAUACAAAAUCAAAAUAAGAACAAUAGAAGAAACAGAAGAAAGUUGAAUGUUUCUGGGACCUAUGAUUUAGGUGUCCUGGGAUACCCAGCUAUCCACUCAGGGAAACAUUACUGGGAAGUAGACGUGUCUAAAAGUGAUGCCUGGCUCCUGGGAUUAAAUGAUGGAAGAUGUGCUCAACCCCAACUUCACGCAGUGAAUAAAAAGCGCUUCAAAGUCAUGUAUAAUUCUGUUGUUAAACAUCGUGUAAAUUAUCAGCCUAAACAUGGCUACUGGGUUAUAGGUAAGAGAAAUAAGUCCGUAUAUAAUGCCUUUGAAAAGCGUUCUGUCACCCACAAUUCAAGUGUCUUGGUCCUCUCUCUGACUCAUCCUCCCAGUCGUGUUGGAGUUUUCCUGGACCGAGAAGCUUGCACUCUCUCAUUUUAUGAUGUUUCCAACCAUGGAGUUCUCAUCUAUAGAUUCUAUGAACCUUUCUUCCCUGAUGCAGUUUAUCCAUAUUUUAAUCCUAUGGCAUGUUCAGAGCCAAUGACAGUUUGUGGGCCACCCUCCUAAACCCUCACCCAUGUCAGCAUGG